AUGAGCGGCAAGAAUACUGCAGCUUCUUUGUUAUUACGACAAUACAGGGAACUCACUGAUCCGAAGAAGGCUAUUCCUAGUUUCCAUAUUGCAUUAGAAGAUGAUUCAAACAUAUUCUUGUGGAACAUCGGUGUAAUGGUCUUAAAUGAGGAAUCCAUCUACCACGGAGGUUAUUUCAAGGCUCAAAUGAAAUUCCCGGACGAUUUCCCAUUUUCUCCUCCAACUUUUAGAUUUACUCCAGCAAUUUACCACCCGAACGUUUACCGUGAUGGUAGGUUGUGUAUUUCUAUCUUACACCAAUCGGGGAACCCCACCUCGGAUGAGCCCGAUGAAGAAACUUGGUCUCCAGUACAGACUGUGGAAUCAGUGUUGAUUUCUAUUGUCUCCUUGUUAGAAGAUCCAAAUAUUUCCUCUCCAGCUAACGUCGACGCUGCUGUUGACUACAAGAAGAAUCCGGAUCAGUACAAACAAAAGGUAAAACUCGAAGUGGAAAGAUCAAAACAGGAUAUCCCGCAAGGGUUCGUGAUGCCAGAAUCAACAAAGGCGUAUGUUUCCCAAAGAAAGGCAAAUGAAGGUAUUGACACCAUCAAAGAAACCGUUGCCGAUAAUUUCUGGUACGACAGUGACGAAGGUGAUGAAGAUGUGGAUAUCUAUGCAUACGAGGAUUCAGAAGAUGAAGAGGAUAAUGACGAUGUUUUCAGCAAAGAUUCUUCAAACUUGAAUUUCAGCAAAAAAGCUAACAAAAACGAUAUCGACUCAGAUGAAGAUGAAGAUCUGGUGCCUGAAGAAGCAGAAGAUUCUCUAGAUGAAAGCGUAAUGGAUAGAAGAAGUAAAUUAAUGGAAGAAAGCGAGGAGUUAGAAGAUGCAGAAAUGAAAUGA